CGCCUUUGACGAAAAAAAGGGUGGCCUGGUAUUUUAUCAUCUCGGGCUCUUCAAGUUAGUUCAAGCCUGUCUAGGGUUUCACCAUUGGAGCUCCAAAAUCCUCUACCAUGGCGGAGGUCAUGAACAUCCCCGUCGAUUCACUAGACCGCCGCCGUGACCCCAAGGAGAAAUCCGCCGAAGCUCCUCCUGCUCAUGCUCCUUCCAUACAUUCCUCGUCUCCGCCUCCGUCUGCGGUCGCUCCGGCGCCGUCGAGAAGGCGCGAAAGAGACGAAAGAGAUAGGAGAGAAGAGAGGGACGUCGACCGACCUCCUGGUCGCCGCGGGGACUACUACGAUCGGAACCGGUCUCCACCGCCGCCACCUCUCAGGGAGAGGGAAAGAGAUAGGGACUACAAGCGUCGGGGCAGCGUCAGUCCUCUUUCGCUGCCUUAUCGCGAUCGUAGGCAUUCACCUCCGCGACGCUCACCACCUCCGCCCUUUAAGCGGUCCAGGAGAGAAGAUGGAGGCUACGAUGGGCGGAGAGGAAGUCCCCGUGGAGGAUUUGGGCCUGGUGAUAGAAGAUUUGGAUACGAUUAUGCUGGUGGAUAUGAGCGUGAGAUGGGCAACAGACCUGGGUAUGCUGAUGAAAGGCCUCAUGGUCGCUAUGCUGGACGCUCGUCUGGUGCCUAUGGUCCUCCAGGCUGGGAUUCUGGCCGUGGUGCUUUUGGCGAUGCUUCUGGUGUGGGCACGACCCAAAGGGAAGGUUUAAUGUCAUAUAAGCAGUUCAUUCAGGAGCUAGAAGAUGAUGUUCUGCCUGCUGAAGCUGAGCGCAGAUAUCAAGAAUACAAGUCUGAGUAUAUUUCAACUCAAAAGCGAGCUUAUUUUAAUACACAUAAGGAUGAGGGAUGGUUGAAAGACAAAUAUCAUCCAACGAGUUUACUAGCUGUUAUAGAAAGGAAGAAUGAUCUUGCACGGAAGGUUGCUAAGGAUUUCCUGCUCGAACUGCAAAGCGGCACACUGGACUUGGGCCCAGGUUUCAGUGCUUCGUCUUCAACUAAAUCAGGACAGACUAGCGAACCAAAUUCUGAAGAUGAAGUUGAUGCAGGGGGCAAAAGAAGAAGGGGUGGUCGGACAUCAAGUAAAUCAGCUGAUCUUUCAGCUGCUCCUAAGGCUCACCCUGUAAGUUCUGAACCCAGACGAAUACAAGUUGACAUUGAGCAAGCACAGGCUCUUGUCGUGAAAUUGGACUCUGAGAAAGGAAUCAAGGAAAACAUAUUGUGUGGAUCUGAUAAUGACAAUAGCAGGGAUAAAGUGCAUGCAGGCUCCAGUGGUCCAGUUAUUAUCAUUCGGGGGCUAACCUCUGUUAAGGGUCUGGAGGGAGUUGAGUUGUUAGACACACUUAUAACGUAUCUUUGGCGUGUUCAUGGCUUGGAUUAUUAUGGAAUGGUUGAAACAAUUGAGCCAAAGGGUCUCCGGCAUGUGAGGGUGGAUGGAAAGAGUAUUGACAUGAGUAGUAAUGGAGCAGAAUGGGAAAAGAAACUCGACUCACGCUGGCAAGAGAGGUUGCAGAGUCAAGAUCCCUUAGAAAUAAUGACUGCUAAGGAAAAGAUAGAUACAGCUGCUGCUGAAGGUUUGGAUCCUUAUGUUCGAAAAAUCAGGGAUGAAAAGUAUGGUUGGAAGUAUGGUUGUGGAGCCAAGGGUUGCACAAAGCUCUUUCAUGCUGCUGAGUUUGUUCAAAAGCAUUUAAAACUGAAACACCCAGAAAUUGUGAUGGAUCUGACUGUGAAAGUACGUGAAGAGCUAUAUUUCCAGAAUUACAUGAAUGAUCCAGAUGCACCUGGUGGAACUCCUAUUAUGCAGCAAUCAGGACAGAGGGACAGACUACAAAGACGUAGGUUGGGUGUAGAUGCAAGAUUGAAGGAUGACCGUGGUAACCGCAGAGACCGGGACAAUAGAGCUAAUGUAGGGGAAAGAUACGAUAGGUUUGAGAACCUUCAGGAGAGUGAAUUUCAGUCCAAGAAUGAUGGUCCUGAUGGAGGAAAUCAUGAUGAAUCAAUGCAUGAUAGUUUUGGGGGGCAAGGAUUACAUGUUCCUCCUCCCUUCGCCUCAGACAUACCAACGCCGCCGGUUUUAAUGCCUGUUCCUGGUGCUGGUCCGCUGGGGCCUUUUGUUCCAGCUCCGCCUGAAGUUGCAAUGAGAAUGUUGCGUGAGCAGGGUGGUCCUUCCCCUUUUGAAGGUGGUGGCAGAAAUGGGCGGCCUGGACCUCAGAUGGGUGGGCCAGCCCCAAUCCUUGCUUUAUCUCCAGCAUUACGGCAGGAUCCUAGACGAAUAAGAAGCUAUCAAGACCUGGAUGUGCCAGAUGAUGAAGUGACUGUGAUAGACUAUAGGAGCUUGUAGAUAUUAAUUAGGCUUAGCAGGAUGCCCAAAGACCAUGUUGAGGUGGGGCACAAGAAAACUUCUGUUUGCUCAAAGGUUGUGUUGGCUUUCAAAUCAUUACAUCGGCAUACGCGCAUCUAUGCUGUAAAGUUUGGGAGGAUACUUGGUGCUUGCGGCAGCCGCCUCUUAAGUUGGUGAUGAUGUUGCUUCCAGUUGAGAAAUGGCCAGAAAAAUUUGCCUUAGGUUGUAAGCACAUUUUGUCCCACCUGCGUCAUGGAGUGGGAAUGAUAGGACAAUCAACAAUGAUGUAUUGCUGUAAAAUGGACUUUUUAAAACUACAGAUCUGAGAUGAGUUUUCCAUUGUUUUAUGUCAGUCUUCACAAGUUCAUUUAUAUUGGAUUCAAUUGUUGACCAUUACUGAUCAAUUGAGGAUUUAUUAUCAGGCGUCAUCUACAAGAAAAUUAUAAACGUUAAGCGAAUGUAGUCAUGUUUUGCAGAGAUCUUUGUUCAAAUUUUCAAUAAUAUUUAGUGAAUUUUUAACAUAA